UCCUGCAAGUAUAAAUAGAGAGCCCCUCUUCCUCGUCUAACACAUGCAGACUCACCGCUCUUCUCCUUUCCUCUCCUUGUGAAGGUCAACUGACAUCUGUUCAUUGCUCAAGAAGCAGUUGCAAUGGCUGCUCUUAAUUACUUCACCUUACUUAGACCAGGUUCCUUGUUCCUCUUCUUUCUCUUGUUUACCUCUCGUCUAACUGGCUCCUAUGGAGACUAUGGGUGGCAGAGUGGCCAUGCCACCUUUUACGGAGGCGGUGAUGCAUCUGGAACCAUGGGGGGAGCAUGUGGCUAUGGCAACCUGUACAGCCAGGGCUAUGGCACACACACUGCUGCACUCAGCACUGCUCUUUUCAAUGAUGGUUUGAGCUGUGGUUCCUGUUAUGAGAUGAAGUGCAACGAUGACCCCAGGUGGUGCCUUCCCGGCACGAUCACGAUCACGGCGACGAACUUCUGCCCCCCGAACUACGUCUUGGCUAAUGACAACGGUGGCUGGUGCAACCCUCCCCUCCAGCACUUCGACAUGGCAGAACCUGCUUUCCUGCAAAUUGCACAGUACAAGGCAGGGAUUGUCCCAGUAGCAUUCAGAAGGGUGCCAUGCGUAAAGAAGGGAGGAAUAAGGUUCACCAUCAAUGGCCACUCCUACUUCAACCUGGUGCUCAUCACCAACGUCGCUGGUGCAGGGGACGUCCAUGCCGUCUCCAUAAAGGGGUCCAGAACGGGAUGGCAGACCAUGUCCAGGAAUUGGGGCCAGAACUGGCAGAGCAACUCCUACCUCAAUGGCCAGUCCCUCUCCCUCCGGGUCACCACCAGCGACGGCAAGACGGUCACCAGCUACAAUCUGGCGCCUGCAAAUUGGCAGUUUGGCCAGACCUUUGAGGGUGGUCAGUUUUGAGACUAGGUCUAAUUAACGACCUACUGCUCCGAUGGGCAGCCGAACUUUAAGAGGGUAGUCGAUUUUCUGACCAGUUUUCAGAAGGUUAUAGCAGCGGCUGGCCCUGCAGCUUCCUGAAGCAGAUGAUUGUGUUCCUCAUGGAGAAGAAAACUCUAACUUGUAGGCAAGACUACUAAGAGUCGUUUCAUGAAGUCUAGAUCGAAAGAUUGCAACUAACCUGACUUUUGUAUUAAAUCCUCUAUUUAGAAGGGGGAAAGAGCUGCAGGAUUUAGGCUACUGAGGCUGCAUCCUUGCACCCUCGUAGCCGAAAUUUGUAACAGGUAUAUAUUAUAUACCUAUGUGUCUUAUGGUUUUUUUUCAUAUAUAUUUUGUUCUUGUGGGUAGCAUUCUCAUCCAAUGAUGAGGGGAUAGUAUAAUAACUAAGAUCAAGUCUGUCAUCCUGCAACCUAAGCAUUUUUAUUGUACCGUUGUGGUAGUCACUGGUCAUGUGUCUCAUUGGAUACGUGUCCCCACUAAUUGACUUGGUCCUCUGCGAGUUCCUCUUUAGUGGAAAAGAAAGUUGGUUUAAUUGGUUUAGUGGAAAAGAAAGUUGGUUUAAUUGGUCUCAUUUCUAAUGUAAGACAGUUGUAUUGGUUGCAUCUUUAUGUGAUCGCUACAUGUGUUGGCAUCAAUAAAGCUUUGGAACUAUUGAUUCGAAA